UUGGAAAAUACUUGGAAUAAUUUUCAGCAUAAUUCCUAUUUCUUUUUGUGCUUCUUUUUUUGUUUAGUCGAAAAGCCGAAAAGUCGUUCAUCAACUAUACAAUAUGUCGGAACAUAUCCGAUUGUUAUUCUGAAAGAUGUCCGAUUUGUUGAUCUUAAAGCAACAAUUGAUUUCGUCUACAAGGGUGAAGUAAAUGUUACUCAAAAUCAACUUGGCUCAGUUUUAAAGGCAGCUGAGACCCUUCAAAUUAAGGGUCUAACUGAUGUGGUCAAUCGUCAACGAGAAUUGAAUGCAAAGGAAAUGGCAUCAGUUGAUCGGCCCAAGAAGAGGAAAAGGAAACAAAAGAAUAAUAAAACUUCUGAACCAUCACCGCCAGUCUCUUGUGAUGAAUCUUGUGGUGAAAAUGAAACUUUAAAUGUGAUUUCCGUUACAAUGGAAGAACGAACUGUUCCGAUUAAAAUAUUUCCAGUCCAAGGGCCGUCAAGAGAAAGUGAAGCAGUUGAACGAAAUGGAAGAGAAGGAAGAGAAGAAGAAGAAAUGAAUGUUAUUCAAGUUGCUCAAACUGAUUCUCCUCCAGUUUCUUCUCAAACAAUUUUACCGACAACCGAAGUGACGGCGAUUGAACAAAAUGAUAUUAUCGUGGCCUCUGAUGCUACAACUUAAAUUGACCAUCAUCCGGCGUAUUGAACAAAAUUGUACUUUAUUUAAAUAAAUUGUUGUAUUAAAUCACUAAUUUUAAGUUGA